AUGCCGAUAAUCACCGGCGAAGGUGAUGCGCGACGCAGAUCGGAACAGUUUCAAAAGGAGUGGAUCGCAGCGGAUCGGAAGGCAAAGGUGGAUCUCAUACUAUCCAUUUCGUCAUUAGAAUUAAAACAAUUUCGUGAAUGUGCAACUUCGAAUGAUGUAUGGAAAAAGCUCGAAAGCGUGUACGCAUCUAAGGGUCCUGCUAAGAAAGCGGCCUUGCUAAAUCAAGUCACGCUAUGCAAGAUGGCUGAAGGCAUGGAUGUCCGAACGCAUUUAACAGAGUUCUAUGAUGCUGUCGACAAACUUCAUGCAAUGAACGUCGAAAUUAACGGUGAUCUGCUCACGGUGCUUAUAUUAAAUAGUUUACCCGCGAGUUUUGAAACCUUUCGUAUAGCCAUGCAAUCACGGGAUGAUUUGCCCGAUCCGGAUUCUCUACGGGUAAAAAUCAUCGAAUUGGACGACGCCCGGAAGCAAAAAGAAAAAGGAAACGGAGACGGCGCCAUGUUUGUGAAGUACGGACCAUUUCGCGGACAAUCACGAAAAGAGCACGGAAAUAUCGGGAAAGCGGUUUCUCCAAAGACAAAUGUUGCCGAACAGGCAUUUAUCACGGAGUGUUUACAUUCGUCAGCCGAUAGUGCAAUUGUGCCCAAAUGGUUUUUGGAUAGUGGGUGCACGUCCCAUUUGUGCAACGAUAAAAGCUUGUUUAUCGAAUCGGAAGAAACGCAUUCUGGACUGAAGUUAGCGAGCGACGCGAUGACGCGAGUGACCGGAAGAGACUCUCAAAAACGAACAAUAUUAAUUGCGGAUCGCGAAGGUGAUUUAUUUUUCAUUCGUCAAAAUUUACAACAAGCAUGCGCGACAAGCAGUGCGACCGAUCGCACCCAGGAUAAUCGCACCGUAGUCGAAGAUGUUGAAGAUAAUCGCAUCGCAACGAGCCAAACCAACGAAGUUCGCAACGCAUCCGAAAACGAAGGCGAACUGUCAUCGAAUAAAGUGUCUCAAGAUACGAAUCACGGUCGUGAUCGUGGAUCGGUGGAUGAUGAUGAGGAACUAGAAUGGCAUGACGCUGGCUUUGCAAUGAGUGAAUCAGAAAUACCUUGCGUUCAGGCUCUGAAUGGUCCGGACGCCGAUAAAUGGAAGGAAGCCAUUUACACUGAAACCAAGAAUCUUGUUGCAAGCGACACUUGGAUGUUGCUUAGAACGUCGAAAGGUCAGGCUUGUAGCGAAAGGAUUCACGCAGAGACCUGGGAUAGAUUUUCACGAUACCUUCGCGCCGGUGCACUAUCCGUGGAGCUUGAUCUUCACAUUUCUCAAUUAGACAUCACAGCCGCCUAUCUCAACGGAGACAUCGACACGGACGUUUACAUGCGUAUUCUGGAUUUCCUAGAUGAAAUGAUGAAAGAAAUCAUUCGUAGAGAAGGGGAUCAAAUUAUUGCAAACAAGGCAAGAAUGAUCCAGCAGUGUCUCUCGAGCGGAUCACUAUCCACUAAUGCUGACCCCUGCUUAUAUACCGACAAGAAGGGACAAGGAACAACGAUCGCAUUAGUUUAUGUCGACGACAUUUUAAUUGCAUCGAACAACAAAUCACGAGUCAAUGAGAUCAAGGUCGAGCUGUCCAGAAGAUUUUUAACAAGGGAUCUUGGAACAAGGGAGAGUUUGACGUUGUCUCAAGAAAGCUACAUCAAGGAUGUUCUGAAUAGAUUUCACAUGGAAGACUGUAAUCCCGUAAAAACUCCGUUGGCCGUUGGAGCAAAACUCGAAGAAGAGUCGGAAGGUAACAAUGGUGACCCAGAACUUCCCUAUCGAGAACUCAUCGGUGCCCUGAUGUACAUUGCUUUGGGCACACGUCCUGACAUAUCUCACGCCGUGAGUGUACUAAGUUCUGCUAUUACCUGGGAGUCGAGGAAGCAGCGCACAACGGUUCUAUCCUCAACGGAGGCCGAGUAUAUGGCCGUCAGCGAUGCAGCCAAAGGUGUUUAUCUCCUAGGUUUUCUCAAGGAGCUAGGACUUCAAAAUUUUGCUCAACUUAGAUUGUACAAUGAUAACCAAGGAGCGCAGAAGCUGGCCCGCAAUCCACUGUUCCACGCAAGGAUAAAACAUAUAGAUGUACGCCAUCACUUCAUACGCCAGGUUCUUUGA